AAGAUCAAAAUCUCAUUCCUCCUCAAAAAAAAAAAACGAUCUAUUAUACAACAUAAUCCUGAAAGAUUUGAAGAAAUUGAUCGAAUUUCUACUUCUAUCCCUGUGAAAAUAAAUGAGGAUG